AUGUAUAGAUGGCCCAGCAGCGAACUAGAUCGGGCGGCCAGGAGACUAGUCGAGUCAAGCCUGCCAGUCGUCUCUAUGGUUGGUGAUCAACCAUUUGAGCCGGCCUGGGGACCCCAAGUCGGAUAUACUACCGAAUGCGAGAGGCCGAAUAUCCUUCAGAGCCUCGCGUUGUUGUCGGUAGCCAGUCGUUUCGUUGAACCCACAAGGCCGAAACGCGUGAAUGCAAUAUUGCGAAAGUGGGUCGAAAUUCGGAAGCUGCCGGCACAUGAACGUUCUCUAUAUUCCAUUUGUUGCAAAGCCUGUGCUCCAUACCUGUCAGCGGGUCACCGGACGAGGUAUAUUGGUGGGCACUUUGGCGUGGAUAUCUCCUCAUUGAAUACAGAAUGUGUCUUCUGCGACAUCAUUCGCCAAACCUUCUUGCAUUAUGUUGGUACAACAUCGCCUCAAAAUAGGUGUAAAGUUGCGUAUGGGAGGAAAGGAGAUAUACAACUUUGUUUCUACAAUUCCGAAGACCGAAGAAACUACUACAACAGCAUUCCUGGCGAGCAUGUGCACAUACAGCUGUAUUCAAGUGAGGCUAGAAAUCGUCGAAAUCCUUUUCGUUUCGCUCACAACAUCGCCCUCGAUCCGACGAAUUCCUUAGCUCUGGUCAGGAUUAAGAAUUGGAUCAACGAUUGUGUAGAUAACCAUGAGCAAUGUGCUGCUGCAGCUCCACAAAACAUAUUCAUCCCAAGUCGACUGAUCAAAGUGGAGGACAACGCCUUGAAUAUAGUUCACCUUGCUUCACCCACCCAGCCAGUGCGAUUUGCUGCGCUGAGCUACUGCUGGGGUAAAGGGAAGCAGCACAUCACGACUAAGAACAAUGUUCGAUCCAGGUAUCAUCACUUUGCUAUCUCGGAGCUUCCCAAGACAAUACAGGAUGCGUUAAUUAUGACCAGAGCACUAGGGUUAGGGUACCUGUGGGUCGACUCUAUCUGCAUCGUACAGGAUGACGAAGAGGACUGGGAUACCGAAGCCUCGAGAAUGGCGGAUCUUUACUCCGGCGCGUGGAUUGUUCUGGCGGCUACACAAGCACCAGAUAGUGCUGCUGGGUUCUUGGAUCGACGGACAAAAUAUCUCACCAUACAGUCUAAAGGCAAGGAUCCAUGUCCCUUUAAAGUACGUGCAAGGCGCGUUGGUAAUUAUGACUGCUUCCUCGCGCCCAAGCUGGACCACUUUCCACUGUUUAAGCGUGCUUGGUGCAUGCAAGAAAGACUACUCGCACGUCGGCUCGUGCACUUCCUACCCGAUGAGCUCUACUACGAAUGCCAGGUCACCCAUGAAGGCGAAUGCGGCGCUGUCCCGGGACGAGAGUUCUCUUCACAUUGCUCAGCGUUUCGAUCGCUAUUGCUCACUGAGAGCUUAAAGGGCACAAAAACCUUUCACUUUGGCCAGAUGUGGGCUCAAAUCAUAGAGGAGUACAGCACGCUGCGCCUCACCUACGACAAAGAUAUUUUGCCUGCGCUCUCCGGCUUGGCCCGCAGCAUGGGCCAUUUGAGCCCCGGUAAAUACAUAUGUGGCAUCUGGGAGAAGGACAUUUCUUACCAGCUUGGUUGGUCCCGCAAGCUAUCGACUCCUGAAGCCGCUGCAACGGAACGGGAGCACGCGUAUCCCCAGCCCACCUUCUCCUGGACAAACUCGCUUGGCGCUGUCGAGUUUGAUGCAGACAACCGAGGAGUAUACUCGCCCUUGUGCGACAUGCUUGAACCUCGCUGUGACCUAGCUUCAGCUGAUCCAUACGGCCGCAUCGUUAACGCCUCUGUCUGUCUGCGAGGACCCAUUGUCUACGGACCCGAGUUGAUCUCCGAGCUUGAUAAAACAUUUUUCGAUAUCGAUUUCGGCAACCCCGUUGUCCAUCUUGACGUGGGAAUCCGGUCGAUAUGCAGGUCGUGCUGUAACUCUAGGCACUACCAGGGUUGGGACUCAGUGUCAGACUGGGACUCCGUGAUAUGCUUCGGACUGUGUUACUGGACCUGGGACGCGGAGCACCAAUACGUGAACGCACUGUUGCUGCAGCGCACACCCCGUGAUCGCGAGUACAUUCGACUGGGUUUUGUUAGCAAUUUGCCGAAACCUUGGUUCGACCAACAUGCAUUUCCAAAGAAACUGACUCUUCACUAG